AUGGACCUGGCUCGCGACUUCAUUGACCUGGAAGGUGAUACGUUUGAGUAUCACACUACUCGUCUCGUCGCCGCUGUGAUCACCCAAAUCUUCUCAUACAUGAUCGAUAGUGGAGUCCAGUACGGCUACAUCUGCACAGGAGAGGCUUUUGUGAACGAUCCAAAUCGUCUCCACCGGACUGCCAUUGGCCAAGUACUUGCGUUUACUCUUCAACCGCUUGCCACCGAAGCGCCACACCAGGAGUGGUACGAUGCAGCGCAUGACGAGCUAAGAACUUGGAAAGUCGAAUAUAUAGAUAUACUGCGGGAUAUUCCCGAAACUAUGCGAAGCCAAAGCCAGCGGACUUCUAUCUAUCGACCCUCUCAUUGGAAGUUCGAACCAAAAAAGCACAAUACACGAUCCCGCGCCCGCUGUCAACCAGGAAUCUCGACUCUAAAGCACUCGUCUGCAGAAGGUAGCGGUAGCGGGGAGGAUCAUCUCUCCCCGUCUACCGCAGCAGCAGCGCGCAGCCAGAUGAGCCGCAAGAAAUCAACCCGCAGCAGGAGCGACAAAAAUCGAUCCAGCAGUAGACUUGGCAAAAAAGCAGGACAUGGCCCUGAACAGAAUGAUCAAAGUACCCGAGCGUACUGUACCAUGGGCUGCAUACGUGGAAUUGUCAAUCGAGGUCCUCUGGACACGAAAUGCCCGAAUUUACAAAGCCAUUUGCGACAUUCUAGUAGUCACAGGCAUUCGAUAAGCCCGGCAAACUUCACUCGCAGACUUCACCGUCAACUCGUACGGAAUCGAAAUGAGGGAUUUGAACAGUUACACGUGCGCGGCCGAACGGGUUACCUCUUGAAGACAACCCUUCUAACACAUGGAUACACUGUGGUCAUCAAAGCUACUACGGCAGAGAAACAGCAUCGCCUUCAAGCAGAGGUAGAAAAUUAUGACCAUCUAACAAGCCUGCAGGGCCGACAGGUUCCCGUCUGCUUAGGUGCUUUCAAACCACGCAUCGCAUAUUGGUACCACGGUGAAACAAUGGCACAUAUGAUGAUUUUGGGCUGGUCUGGAAUACGACUUCAACAUGUCGUCAACGACCAGAAUUUCGGUUUCUUCGACCGAGAGCGCGUGGAAGCUUUGGCUGUGCUACGGUCCCAUGGAAUUAUUCACGGUGAUAGUGAGUGGCGCAAUAUGUUGUGGGACGAUGUAGGCCAUCAUUUGGUCGUCGUUGACUUGGAGGACAUGAAGUGGCUGAAACGGCUCCGUGCACUUGGACCAGCCUCAGGCAACGGACGUCAUGUCUAUCGUGUCCGGGAAGACAAGGGUAGGCAAAGCUCUUGUCUAGCUCGGCUGGCGUCUGCACAUAUUGUUUCUUGA